ACGAGUCGGAGUACGCCGGAAAAACGCAUCACGUGUUGAUAAGGUUAAUCAACGGCGAUAAGGCAUCGCGUUAUUCAGUAGACCGUCGCGAGCUCCCGCAGAACGAGGUACGUCGGCUCUGUCAAAGUUUACCGGAUCCCGAGAUGCUUUAUUAAAAUCCGCCGCCACGUAGUAAGGUUGUUCCUUCUUCUCUGCGUGCUUUAGCGAACGGCUGACAACAGCACAGCCGGCGCCGCUAUAGUCGCCCGUAAACAACUGUGUGCUCGUGCGCUUGCGUCGCCCGUAUCACGGCGCUAUUACAAAGUAUAUAGCUAUUAGAAAUGUCCCAUAUUGCUAUCGUUGAUAAAGAAGAGAAUAUCGGGGAUUCCAUCAAAGACUAUGUGCCCAUCUUGGCACCCUCUGCCGAUAUUUUACCGCGAUUAAAGACCUUAGCCGCUCAUUUUACCUCGAAAUACAACGUGGAGCCAUCCUUCUUCGUUCGAGUACCAGGAAGGGUGAAUCUGAUAGGCGAGCACAUCGAUUACUGCGGGUAUGCCGUCCUUCCAAUGGCCAUUGAACAAAAUAUCCUUAUCGCGGUUGCGACAUCGAAAGAUAAUGAGAUUCAUCUCACCAACGUAGAUCCUAAAUACAAGGAUUUCCGAUGCAGUUUCGAGAACGUGGAAUCUUGUAUUAGUGAUAGUGAGAGCGGAUCAGCGUGGUACAAAUAUUUUCUAUGUGGUGUGAAAGGAGCACUGGAGGCAAUCCCAGCGACGUCUGUUCCAACGGGAAUUCUGACUGCGGUAUGGGGAAACAUUCCCCCUAAUUCUGGCCUUUCCAGUUCUAGCGCGCUGGUCUCGGCCGCGCUCCUUUCGGUCAUACAUGCUAGUCAGUUCUUUGUAUUGCAGCGUCAAUUGUCAAAGCGUGAAUUAGCGACUCUUAGUGCUCGAGCAGAGAGACACAUCGGCACUCAAGGUGGCGGAAUGGAUCAGGCUAUCGCUUUUCUUGCGAAAGCAGGUAAGGCCAAGUUGAUAGAGUUUCCCUCGGAUGAACCCCUACGCGCAACUGACGUAACGUUGACAGAAUCCGCUGUGUUCGUAAUAGCGCAUAGUCAAGCGUAUCACAACAAAGCCUCGACCGCCGACUACAAUCUCAGAGUUGCGGAAUGUCGAUUAGCCGCACAGAUGAUAGCCAAGAAAAGAAAUAUGAAAGAAAUAUUCAAGAGUUAUGUAUAUCGUUCCAAUAUGGGUCCCAAUAUGGAUUCCAGUGUGGAUUCCAAUAUGGAUCCCAAUAUGGACUGGAGUAAAUAUUGGGAAAGUGUUCAAAGUUUAAUGGCAAUUCAGGAGAUACUCCGCUUAGACUUGGACGAGAUGGUUACUGUAGUAAUGACAGAACUGCACGAAGAACCGUAUACUAUUGAUGAGAUCUGUGAGAGCCUCGGUAUGAAUUACGAACAAUUGAAGAAAAGAACGCCUCUCGUCAGUUCCUUUAAUAGUUCGCAAACGUUCAAGUUGCAACAGCGGGCUCUGCACGUUUAUCAAGAGGCCGGUAGAGUACGCGCGUUCUGCCGUAUAAACAAGGAAAACCCUCGUUAUGACACAUGUAGAGGAGACAAGACGCUUCAAGAACUAGGCAACCUGAUGUCGGAGAGCCACACCAGUCUCCGUAAAUUGUACGAGUGCAGCCAUCCUAGUGUGGAUGCGCUCGUCGAAAAGGCCAUGCUUUGCGGUGCAUUUGGCGCUCGACUCACAGGAGCAGGUUGGGGCGGCUGUAUCGUGGCGCUCGUCGAUAAAAACAGAGUUCAGAAAUUCGUGGAAGAUCUCCGAGAGUAUCUUUGUCAAAACAGCACAAAGGACCGAGCGGAACUCGAAGUUAUGGUAUUCCCGACGUCACCGAACGACGGCGCUGUUAUUUACACAGUGCCAACACUAUAAUUCUGAUAUUAAGUGUGAUAAAACAAAAUAUUAAUUCAAAUUUCUCUGUAUAAUGGCGACAGCCGAAUAGACAGUAUAUCGAUUACAUAACGUUCAAUGGGAUGAUGUACAGCAAAUAUGUACAAAUAAAUCUUCAUAAGAUAAUGGGAAACUGCUUGAAAAUCACGCGAUUAUGACGAAUAUGACGGAUGACGCCGACUAAAAGUGACCAACCUCGUAA